CUUGUGACUUCGAGGUUUUGCAACCGGAACUGGGGAACAUUUUUGUCCUCGAACGAUGGAGCUUUGAGAAGACAGCUUUCUACAUACUUGGUUCAUGGUCAUUCGUCCCGAUCGCCGUACCGACAACACGCAAUUGCGUGCAUUUGCCGCGUCACAAAAUAUUCUCAAUCGUGCUGAUGGAUCGGCUAAGUUCGAACUAGGGGAAACAUCGGUGAUGGUAUCAGUGGUGGGACCUGUGGAUGUGCAAAUUCGUGACGAGAAAAUGGACGAAGCUACGGUUGAACUAGUUGUGCGACCAGCGGUGGGGUACCCUGCAACAAAAGAAAAGUUGAUGGAAUCGACAUUACGAACUGCGUUUGAACCCGUCAUUUUGGGUGGUAUGAUGCCUCGUACGCUUGUUCAGAUCGUGGUUCAAAUCAUCAAAGACGAUGGCUCGGUAAUGGCAGCAGCGAUCAAUGCGAUUACACUGGCACUAUUAGAUGCCGGCAUACCCAUGAAGCACAUGGCUGCUGCAGUAACAUGUAUCAUUGAUGCAUCUUCCAAAGAGAUUAUUCUGGACCCUACUGUUGAAGAGAUCCAAAAUGCGGCUUCGACUCACACGUUCGCAUUUGAUAAUUUGCACAAGACACCUCACGUACUGCUAUCGGAUUCGGAGGGUCAUUUUGACGAAAAUCAGUAUUUUUCAUGUCAUGAUUUAUGUUACGAAGCUGUCGAUAAAGUGCAUGGAUUUAUGCGUGUGGCAGUUGAAAGCAAAAAGAAAAAAGAACAACAACAACUUCUCGGUCAUUGAUUCACAGCAUAGUAUUUUUUUUUUCCCACAUCACUCAUAAAUUUGCUUCCCUUAUAUCUUUAUUCUCACACGGUUCCUGCAUGGACAUGUUCGCUGGAGAGCACGCAUU